AUGACGCCCGCCGACGCAGACGCUCAUCCUCUCGUUCGCAACGCUCUCCGCAUCACCCUGAGCGCCAAGGAAUACAAGCUCCUCCACGAAUACAUCAUCCAGCGCACACCUCCUUCCAUCCAAGACAAUGCUCCCUCGCCAUCUCGAUAUGAAACCAUCGUCCGAUCAAAGAACAAGCACAAUGAAGCCGCGCUGCGGGCCUCCCUGCGAGUCUUCCUAGUCUCCGGCGGAGUACUGAAGCUCGUAGAAGCCAUCGUCCGCCGCAUCCAAGGUGAUCUGUCCAAGAAGAAACCCCGCUCCUCAAUCCUGCACUCCCCCAACUUCCGUCUCUCCCUCUCGCUCUCCCUUGUCGUCCUCCUCCACCGUUUCCUCCAUCGCUUCUUCGUCAAGCUCCGCACAAACCUUCGCACAGAUGACGCGAGGCCGUUCCGCGAGCGUAACCCGCGCGUCUCAAGGGCGCUGACGUCGCGGUAUGCCCCUGCCGUCGGGGCAAGUAUGGCCGGUUUCGCGCUGGGCAUCUGUCCGCAGACGCAGUUGCGGAUUACGGCGGCUAUUUAUGCGGGGACGCGAACGAUGGAGUUUGUGUUCAAUGCGCUGGACGAGAAAGGGUGGUUUGGGGACCGGCCUUGGUGGUUCGGGAGCUGGUUGUUGAUGCCUGUGUCGUGUGCGCAGCUGUUCCACGCGUUUGUUUUUGAUCGCGAGACUGUGCCCAAGUGGCUCGGAAACAUUCUGUUCAGAUUGUCCCCCAGCUACAUCCGCGGUCGACCAGAGACUCUACCGGCGGGAUUUCCAUGGCCGGACAAGGAAGCUGUGGUCGAUUCACUGGCAAAUAUUGCCAGGUUGCGAUGGCCAGCAUUUAUUUCGCCGAUUCUGCACCCUGCCGACCCGAAUACUCUGCCAUCGGCAGUCAAGUUCAUUUCACCUAUAACUGGGCCCGCGCACCCAUCUAUUUCUAACCUGGCAUGUGCUUUGCUUCACCCGAGCAGCCCCAGCUGCGGCACAGCAUUCCUGCAUCAUAUUCUCCUCUCAGUGCCACCCCUAGCUCGGUUCCUGACUACCGUCACCCUGGCACUAUCGGUGCUCAAAUUCAAGACAAUCUUGUCUCACCCAAUCUCGGCGGUGAAUAACCUUUCAAAGAAGAUCAUCAAGCUGACAGCCAUUCUGUCCGCUGCGGCUGGGUCUGCAUGGGGCACCUUGUGUCUCUGGAAUGCUAUCCUGCCACGCUCCGUCCUCCCCACGAAGCGCUUCUUCCUCAGCGGUGCAGUUGCAGGCAUGCCAUUUGCCUUCUUAGAAAACAGUCGUAGCAUCUUCAUGUACUUCUUCCGGCUGGCCGUGCGCUCGAAGUGGGAUGUUGGUGUCAAACAUGGCCUUUGGAAAGGCUGGAAGGGUGGAGACUUGUGGAUCAUUGUCCUCGCCUGGGCGGUCAUGGGCUCUUUGCUGGAGAACAGACCAUCCGCUGUCCAGGGCAAAGGUGUCAGAAAGUCUUUGGCGUGGUUGCGAGGAGAUGGUUUCGUUGACCCUGUGGAGGCUGCGGCGAAGAAGAAGGCCAAGAAGGCAUCUACUCAGAAGCAAUCUGGCAAUGAGUCACGAGGGUGA